CUAGACGAGACGACCAUUUAAAAAACAAAGAAAAAACAUGGCUUCCUUAGCGUUGGCAAAGAAUAUGAACAAGAUUAUCUCAAUUAGUAGAUCAUUUGUAUUUUCAAAGCAUCUUUGUCGAAGGAUUUCAGUGAGUUCUCCAGUGACAAAGAAAUUCAACUUUCCACUUACUCCAGACGAGAUGCCACGGGCUGGUGGAAUAGCUACCAUGAUGAGACUGCCGCACGAAAAAACGUGUGAGGGACUAGAUGCCUGUUUCGUAGGGAUUCCUUUUGAUACUGGGGCAUCGAAUAAAGUUGGUACAAGGUUUGGACCACGUCAAAUAAGAAUUGAGUCUUCAMUCCUUCGUCCAUAUAAUCCAGCGACUGGAGCAGCCCCAUUUGAAUCUUUAAUGGUUGCAGAUAUUGGUGAUAUCUCAGUUAACACCUACAGCAUCAAAUCAACUGUGAAACUGAUAAAAGAUAAAGUUGCUGAAAUAAUAUCCAAUGGAUGUAAACCGUUAAUCUUGGGUGGUGAUCAUACCAUUAGUUAUCCUAUCCUACAAGCAAUGAAGGAGAAGUAUGGUCCAAUUGGCCUUGUACAUGUGGAUGCUCAUUCUGACACCAGUCCUAGUGCGUAUGGCGAAGAAAUCUUYCAUGGCAGCCCAUUUUAUCGCGCAGUUGAGGAAGGUCUAUUAGACUGCAAACGUGUUGUCCAGAUAGGAAUACGAGGUCCAUGGUACGAUGGUGAUUUGUAUAAAUAUCCCAUAGACAAGGGAUUCAGAAUCGUCCCGGCGAACGAMUGCUGGCACAAGUCACUUGAACCACUGAUGGCCGAAGUGCGCGAUCAGAUGGGAGAUGGUCCCGUGUAUAUCUCUUUUGAUAUCGAUGGUCUUGACCCUGCCUUUGCACCGGGAACAGGAACUCCUGAGAUUGGCGGCUUAACGAGCAUCCAAGGACUGGAAAUUAUUCGUGGCUGCCAGGGAUUACAGGUUGUUGGAGGUGAUCUUGUCGAGGUCUCCCCACCCUACGAUCCUCACGGUAUCACAGCACUACAUGGCGCCAACCUGCUGUUUGAAAUGCUUUGUGUUCUACCAGGAGUAAAGAAAGUUUGAAAUCUUGAUAUUAUAAGCCAGGUAUCCUUAUUGAAAAGAAAGGCCACMUCCAGUUCCGAUAAAAUGAGUUUUUAAACUUUCAAAAUCACCAGGAGAACCAGAAAUAUUUUGAAGGAAAAUCAAGAAGCGCUAGAGUAAUGGGUAUUUUAGUGAAGAAAUAGACACGGAUCCAUGACACUACGCACRCGCGUGCUGUGUGCAGUCAUAGAGCACGCGAGGGUUGUCAGAACACGAGAGAAGUAUUGAGAGAAGCAUGACACGUAGUGAAACGCGUGGUUCUUGACACUUUUCGAGUGUUCUGCUAAUCCGCGAGUGCUUUAUAACUGCACACAGCACAGCAAGCAAGGUUUUUAUUUCUUUUAUCGGCGUAUGGACUUCGGACCUAUUUCACGUGGGUUAAGUAAAACCACUUUUUUAAAAUCCGUUCAGAGUGAGAGAGACGUUGAUGAAGAAACGUCACUCAGUAAUUAUGAGCUUGAUUGAAUUGCCUUAACAACACUUUGAUCUGAAGUGAUGUGACCAGAAAAUACCAAAGCAAUUCCUGAAUUUGUUCCGAGAAGUAGUGAAAUUCCCCAUUACUUUUACCAUCGUGUCUCAAUAUCACUUUUAUCUAUUCUUUUUUGACGUAAUUAACGCCAACUUGCGGCUCUCAAAGGCGUUAAAUCAUUUGAAUAAGAAAAAACACUGAUGACUCUCGUAUCAAUUGUAUCAAGGGAUGAGCCAUUACACUCAUCAACUCAUCUUUCUCCCACCUUUCCCAGUCAGCAUAUGAUAUCAAGAAAUCCCGUAGAUUACGGAGCCUUGCUGAUAUUCGCUCGAAAUCUUGACUGCGAAAUCCCCCUGCGAUUACACCGCAGUUCGUUUUUCUCCCACCUCUCCCCGGUAAUUCGGUACAGGAUUUCGAGGAAUCCCGUAUGUCAAUAUGUGCCCUCCCUCGAAUGAACCUCCGAAAAUGACGGGAAAAUAUAAGAGAUGAAAAGAUGUACAAACAGCGCAGUAAGAGUGUGAAAGGGGCUACCUAUAAUCAGUCUUCCUGCUAGUCCCAGUUAGCUCAAAAAUAAACAAUUGUAACUUUGAUUGUAUGACUUACUAAGUACAUAAGAAAAGAUAACCCUGUUUACAGAGGCGCAGUUUUCUGCCCUCCGUCCUCCAGAUUCUGGCUUCAGGUAAGCGGGGGAAGAAAACAGCCUGCCGCUCAGUUCUACGGAGGGGAAGAAAAACAACCUCUGCUCGCAGGAUAAUUAGCAAUUAGUUCUCAAGCACGAAUGGGCCAAUGACUCAUAGGCCAUGAGGGCGAGAGGACUAAUUGUUUUAGUCAAAUCCAACUAGUCCGUCAAAUAUAUAGAUGCAAACAAGUUUUAAAUUGAAGUUAAAUUUAAUGUUUUGGUUUUCAAAGCGGUCACUUUUCGCUACUAGUAGGAUAUAUUUUAUAGCCUAGUAGUAGCUCAUACAAUCAGAACGCAGCAUUGAUCAUGGAUUUGACUUAGAAUAGUAGAAAAGAUUAUAUGUAGUAUCACGCAAUCAUUACUCUUAUUGAAUGAUUCUUAGAGACCUAGACUUGCAGCAGGUAACCCAUAACCAUGCAGCCGGUGUCCCCGCAUGCAUUUCUAAGAUGACUUAGCGCUAAGCAAAUMUGAUUAGAUUCAAUAAGGUAAUAUAGCAAACAAAGCGUAACGGGUGUAUACUAGAGCUCUAGUGCGCGUAACACUUCUCAUUCAACUGGUGCUUAAUGACAAAUAUGAUAAAUAUUUGGAUUUUCUUUAAACUGUUUUGACUAAAAUCACACUGAGCUUACAAAGUCAGAAUUAGCCUCCAAUAAUGGCCAUUUCCUACCGUUUUCAGAAUUAAUUUUUUUCCAAUAAAGGAGUUGGAGUUUAAGUGCU